ACCUCAAAAACAAUGGCUUCAAACCAGUUUGAGGUAUUUAGUGUAGCCAUGGUCAUGCUAUGUCUAUGUGGUGUUACCAUGGCUCAAUCAGGGUGCACCACCGCACUUGUGAGCUUGAGCCCGUGUCUUGGGUACGUCUCUGGAAACUCAUCAACCCCGUCAACUUCUUGUUGCUCACAACUAGCUAACGUGGUUCAGUCGCAACCACAGUGCCUUUGUGUGUUCACUGGCGAUGGCUCAGGUGCACCCCCGGGUUUGAACAUUAACCAAACGUUGGCACUCGCGCUACCUGGUGCUUGCACUAUCCAAACUCCCCCGGUUAGCCGAUGUACCGAGGGUGCUAAUGGACCCGUGAGCUCUACGCCAUCAGACUCGCCUUCAGAAAGCGGAUCAAAGACAACACCGGGAACAAGUGCGGGUGCAUCUAGUGCAACUACGAUAUCUAAAACCCUACCGUUUUAUGCCACUUCUGUGUUGAUCUUCAUAGCAACAAUAUAUGCUUCAUAUUAAGUUGCUUAACUUCUCUUGGAAGUGUCAUAUGGUUAUCUAUAGUUAUUACUUUGUCAAUUGGUGUGGUGUGUACUUGUAACAAUCAUUAUAAAAAUAAGUGUGUGACGUUUUGAUUUGA